AUGAAACCUCACAUCUCCGGCGAAAGCUCUCUGGCCAAUGAGUUCAGGAGAUCUGUCGGCGAGAAGCUUCAUCAAGUUGAUGAGGCAGCGGCGGCCACGGUGGCAAUUGCCGCCGAUGCUGCCAAGCAAGGUAGGUUUCUAGAAGCCGAGAGACGACGGAGAAGGAACCACCGUGUAGAAGACCCCAUCAGAACCUUGAUGUUCUUGGGAUCUAUGAAUCACACAUGA